UUCAAAUAUGAAGUUUAAUAGCAUAGUUUUUCUUCUAACAGCCGUACUGUUCAUUAUCCUGGCAGUGUCUACAGGUGUUGAAGGAAAUUCACCAUUCGAUUUACCACCAGAACCAAUUGAACUACAACAGGCUGUUCCACAGCCACCAGCACAACCACGACCACACGCACCUCCACCAAUACGAAUACCAGCAGAACCACAAUUAAUUCCUUCGGAUGUUCCACAAACACCACUACCAUAUCCACCUGGCAAUUAAAAUAUGAACCUAUUUAAACCCUACGCGUAACAACGAUUAAACUUUACAACAAAGCUACAAUAUCCAAAAUCCGUGUCGCAUUCUGAAAAAAAUAUGCUUAC